AUGGCUCUCCCCGCAGCUUCGGUCUCAGCAGCUCAUCCUGUUCCUCUUCCACUGGAUUUCGACUACGUGUCCGACCAUUCGCUCUACUCAAAAGUCGUCUUCCGAGUCUACGAUGCGUCCUCCUUCUCACCCCUUAUCUGCUCAGGCGACCAAGCUACGUCUGGCUUUUCAAGUUUAUCUCGAAACCUCGGGUGUCUCAAUUUGACGGCUCUCGAAUCGGGUGAUGGAGACAUACCAGAGGACGAGAAGAGUCCAUGGAUCUCGACGACCAAGAGCUUGACUUGGGCCGUCUGGGAGAUCGCUAGGCGACUGUCAGUGCAAAAACUUGAAAAGCCUAAGAGUCGUCCGGGUGUAGAGCCGACGGUCAGAAUGAGCGUCAUCAAGCAUCGUUCUGGCAACGUUGGACUUUCAGACCCACGACGAGCAUACCUUGAAGCGCAUGUCGACGCUACGAGUCCAGUGGCCAACGCACUCAGAGGUGCACGUCCCGGCGAAUUUAGUCACAGCAUGAGGAGGCAAUGUGAACAGGCAUUGAGGGAAUCCAGGAGGUCUAAAGAGGUAUUGUAUUACGGUCGCAUCUUUGCGGAGUCCAUCGAUAACGAAACGACGUGGACAGUAGAUAGAUCUGGACUUGCUCUACCGGCAUACUUUUUCCGAUCGCCUGAGAGUCCUUCAUCGUCUAGGCUCAUCGGUAGGGACGGCGAGGAUAGUUGA